AAGAAUGCUUCGGUCAUUGUCUCAGCAUUCCGGCAAUCUCUAUGGUUUUCGGGUAUCACUACUUUACAGGAGUCGCGUUGAACGAAUUAUAAGCCCUGUUGCCUUGGGCCCUGAUGUACAGUUGGAGAAUUACAUUUUUGGGUUUUUGGCACAGGCCGAAAUGCAUUGACUUUAGUCCGGUGACUGCCUUAACUCACGCUCAGACGGAGGAAUCGCGACGGUCUUCAGUCCUCUCCUUUCCAUAACCCGUGAUGACGACAAGACUGAAUAUCAACACUCACCAUCCCUGAUCCUCACCAUGGUAGCGUUUCCAAACGAGGUCUUGCAUCAAAUAUUUGCCGAACUAGAGGAUCGACUGCCUCUAGAAAGAUGGCAUAUGUAUGGAGCUCGUUUGGACCAUCAAGGCUCAGCCACGCUCCGCAACCUCUGCCUGGUCUGUCGCCAAUUCCGACACAUCGCACAACCUUUACUAUAUCAGACCGUUAUUACUGAAGGUCGCGAUGGCGCAAGAACUGUCGAGACUCUUCUUCUUAGAACAUUCGUCGAGGACCCGCAUCUUGGAGAGCAAGUUCGCACUGUUUCUUUAACAGACAAUGCUGAUCAUUCAGCCAAAAUGGACGUAUUGGGGGAAGCUGCAAGGAAAGAGAUCAUUCAGUCAGCGUGGAAGAGUUUGAGCCUUCCACCUGCCCUAAAACGUUACAUGAAGGAAAAUCAUCAUAUGUCUUGUGGCUUUGCUGCUCUCAUCAUAGCAUAUAUGCCUCUUGUGCAGGUUGUCGAUUGCACUACAGAAGGCCUGGCAGUCCCGUUCUAUUGGCUGUUGAGUACAAGGACGGAUAUGAGAAGGCCAGUAUGUCCUAUUGAUCCUCGAAGUAUUUUUUUCGACUACGAAGAUGAGGAUGGGGGCAUUGAAGACCAAGACCAAGACCAGGGUAUUUCGGAGGCUACAUUUGCAAACUACUGCUUUCCAAACCUUACCGACGUUCGUAUCAGGGCGGUGGUCGGCGAAAAGGACAUCCAGAGCGCUUGGGUGAUCGAAGAUCUACUUUUCAAUCGUUCGCUCAAAAUACUACGGACAUUCGGCACCGCCUGGUAUGGCACGGAGCUCUCUCACUUUAAAUGGCCUACACACAAGAACUACAACCUGGAGUAUUUAGACCUCAUGGAAACAUACAUUGACGCCGAGGGGCUACUGACAGUUCUCACGCGCUGUCCGAACCUAACGGGAAUAGCGAUAAGGUUGCCUGACGAGUACAGGAAGCUGCUGGAUCAAUACGAAACGGAAGACAGUGAAAACGCUGAUUGCAUCAUCAACCUCGAUGACUUCGGGAACGUUCUUCGAAAAUUUGGUCAAAAUCUCGAAGAGGUCGAUUUCAACACUUUCUUUUAUGACAGCUAUAGCGCAGACUAUCUAUGUCGAAGCCCCAUUUCAGGGUUAAUUGGUUCCCUCCGAGAGCUCAAAUCCCUGCGACACCUCAAACUCAGCAAAGAAGCGCUAAUCGGAGAGAGUGAGUCGUUCUUGCGAUUGAGUGAUGUUCUACCGGAAUCAAUUGAAACUCUUUAUCUGCAUUGUGGUAAAGUUUACGAGCUAGAGGAUUGGGUCGAGUUUGAACGUGAGCUGUAUAAACAGGAAGUUUACAAACUGCUUCUCGACGGUAUGCCUAAUCUCCGCGAGAUUCGGAUGGAGAGAUACGAUGAUUGGCAUGAGUUUGAUUAUUGUAAUCCAGAGGAUUUGGAUUACUUUCGGAGUGAAUAUAUCUAUCCGAAGGAGGCUGAGUGGCCAGCUGAGCUGCAUGUCAAUGGCUGGGAUGUGGACAUCGUCGAGGCGCGCCUUUAUGAGAUACGUGGAAGGCCAGCGUGUAACCGCAACAUUAUCACUCUGUCAAGGAAGACAUGAACGGACUCUGCUUGGGCCCAGCUUGAUGCAGAUCAAGGACGGGACGCUCGACUGAGAUGUUGCAUGCAACCUUGUGGCCCAUGUCCUGUCAUCUGUAGCCUAUCAUAAAAUACAAGUCAUCGAACUCGCUAAUCUGAUCCCCUGAUCUUUGUUCCCUCCUCAAAAUAC